AUGAACUCCCUUCGCAUUGCCCGCGCCGCCAUUCGGGCUCGCCCGGCUCUUCUCCGCGCCCCCGUCCAGCGCAGAGGCUACGCCGAGGCCGUCAGCGACAAGAUCAAGCUUAGCUUGUCGCUUCCCCACCAGGCCGUCUACAAGUCCCAGGAUGUCGUCCAGGUCAACAUCCCCGCCGAGUCGGGUGAGAUGGGUGUCCUCGCCAACCACGUUCCUUCGAUCGAGCAGCUGAAGCCCGGUGUCGUCGAGAUCAUUGAGGAGAGUGGCAACAAGCAGUUCUUCCUUUCCGGUGGUUUUGCCGUUGUUCAGCCCAACUCCGUUCUGAGCAUCAACGCCGUCGAGGGCUUCCCCCUUGAGGACUUCAGCGCCGAGGCUGUCCGCAGCCAGAUUGCUGAGGCGCAAAAGGUUGCCAGUGGCAGCGGCAGCGAGCAGGAGAUUGCCGAGGCCAAGAUUGAGCUUGAGGUCCUCGAGACUCUCCAGGCCCACCUCAAGUAG